UUAUUUUUUUACUUUUUAUUUCACUUGUAUCUUCGAAAGGUUGGGAUAUUGGUUCAGAGUUUACUUAUGAUAUGAAAGCAAGUAUUUUGCUCGGAGAAAUUCGUCAAUUCCAAUCGAAAAAUGGCAGUACUGGUGAUGUGGGUUUUCAACUAACUGCUAAACUUAAAGUCUUGCCAUUAUGGAAAAAUCCUAACAAUCCCUUAACUAUUCUUAUAUCUAUAAAAAUGGUUUCGCCCCAAUUAUGGAUUAAAUCGAGAAAGGCCCCAAAACCUGAAGGCUUCAUAGAACAUAGCUCUCGAUUAGUUGAUAUUCCAAAAGAUCCAAUUUUAAUAUUGUGGAACAAUGGUCAAAUUUUGAAUACCUUUGCUAUUUCUACAGAAAGUGUAUCAUCUUUAAAUUUAAAACGCGGAAUAGUAAGUAUUUUUCAGUAUAAAACUGUUGAAGGAGUAUUUCAAGAAAAAGAUGCGAGUGGCUUAUGUAACGUAACAUAUAAUUCGUUAAAACCAAGAUUAUUUAAAAAAGUUAAAUUUUCUUGUAAAAAAAAUAAGAAUAAACAUCCGAAUCUGUUUUUAGGUGUGAAACGAAACAGUAUUUAUACAAUUACAUAUGAUUUAACAGAAGCUUUACUACCUAAAGAAAUUUUGGAAAAUGAAAAGCACGAAACAAGCUUAACUGCCAGGCCAGAAGCCGGUACAUCAAUUACUGCCCAUAGAAUUUUCCUAUUACUUCCAGGUGUUUCUAAAGAAAAUCGAAUAAUUGCAUCAACUUAUACAGAAGCUAUGCAUAAACUUGAUUCUCGCUAUGUAGAGAUCCCGAUUGAAGCUCAAAAUGAAUAUGUUUUUUGUCCCGAAUCAGGAUGCCUUACUCUAGAUGCUGUUUUAGAUAAUAGUCGUAGUGCUUUAGAAGAAUCUGCUUUAGGUACAACUAAAUCUGCUUCUGCAUUCUUAAAACUCGUACCUUUAAUCAGAGAUGCUUCUGUUGACAGUCUUAUAAAAAUUUUAAAAAGCCCACGUAACCAUGAUAUUUUACCGCAAUUGUGUGAUUUAUAUGGCUCUGCAUCGACUGUUGCUGCACAUCAAGCAGCGAUGAAAAUUCUCAAACAAGAUGAAAUUGGAGAUAAUACUGAAAGGUAUUUAUGGGCGCUUUCGAUAUCACCUUAUCAAAAUACAGAUAUUAUAAAAGACAUUGUAAGACGCUCCGAAGAAACAAUCCAAAAUAAUAAAAUUUCUGAAACAUUAGCACUUACUGCAGCAAUUAUGGCAAAACGACAUGGCACACCUACUCUUAUUGAAAAGGAAACUUAGGGAAUAAAAAUGUUAUUCCAAUUUUACUGAAAUAUGCUACAAACAGUAGUCGUGCAAUGAGCGUUGU